CUUGUGAGAUGCCCUUGCCGUCCCCGGUCGACUUCUGGUACUAAUCUGCACACUGUCGCACUCUUUUAUAACCAUUCCUCUCUCUUCCGACCUCACCUCUUCUCUCGCGUCCCCAUCUCUGUCUCCGCUUCUUGUGUGCAUCUACUGCUAUCCCUUGCCCCACCCAGUCGGCACGUGGAAUACGUCGGUCUUGCAUAACAUCCGACAGACGUCAACACCGCCUGGUCUUGGACAGCCACACCCAUCCAGAGCACCUCGCCGCUUUCGAGCAUCUCUUUCAUCAUGUCAUACUUCUUCGUCGGGCCGCCAGUGCCCUUCAAUGGCACAAACGCAGACUACGGUGGUGAUUCUGCCACCGAGAACGUCAACGGAUGGUUCUCCUCAGGAGAUCAGGCGUACAUCAUCGUCGCCUCGGCCAUGGUCAUGGUCAUGGUUCCUGGUCUCGGAUUCCUCUACUCUGGUCUCGCACGCAGAAAGUCCGCCUUGACGAUGAUCAUGGCAUGUCUCGCAUCCUCCUCGGUCAUCACAUUCCAAUGGUAUUUCUGGGGUUACUCGCUCGCUUUCUCUCGAUACGCUACGAACAACCCUUUCAUCGGCGACCUGCAACAAUUCGGAUUAUUGAAGACUCUGGCUGUGCCAAGUCAAGGCAGUCCUCUGGUUCCUGAUCUUCUCUACGCUUUCUACCAGAUGCAAUUCUGCGCUGUCACCGGUGCCAUUAUCAUGGGUGCCAUCGCUGAGCGUGGUCGCAUCGUGCCCGCCAUGGUCUUCAUCUUCGCCUGGGCAACGAUCGUCUACUGCCCGAUCGCAUAUUGGGUAUGGAACGCCAACGGAUGGGCCUUCAAGCUGGGAGUGCUCGACUACGCCGGUGGUGGACCCGUCGAAAUCGGCUCUGGUCUCUCCGCACUCGCCUACUCCAUGGUUCUCGGCCGUCGCCAGGAGAAGAUGAUGCUCAACUUCCGACCUCACAACGUCUCUCUCAUCACCCUCGGCACCAUCCUGCUCUGGUUCGGAUGGCUCGGAUUCAACGGAGGCUCCUCCUUCGGCGCCAACCUCCGCGCCGUCAUGGCAUGCUGGAACUCCAACUUGACCGCCAUGUUCGCCGCCAUGACCUGGGUUCUCCUCGAUUGGCGUCUUGCGCGUAAGUGGUCGAUGGUCGGCUGGUGUUCUGGCACCAUCUCCGGUCUCGUCGCCGCGACUCCCGCUUCCGGCUUCAUCCCGCCAUGGGCCUCCGUCAUCCUCGGUAUCACCACCGGUGUCGUGGCCAACUUCGCCACCAAGAUCAAGUACUGGAUCAAGAUCGACGAUUCAAUGGAUGUGUUCGCCGAGCACGGCGUCGCCGGCAUCGUCGGUCUCGUCUUCAACGGCUUCUUCGCUGCCAAGUACGUCAUCGGUCUGGACGGCGUCAACACCGGCCUAUUCGACGGCGGCUGGAUUCACGGCAACUACAUCCAAAUGGGCUACCAAAUCGCCUUCAUCGUCGCCGCAUGCGCCUGGUCGUUCGUGGUGUCCGCCAUCCUCGCCUACGCCAUCAACUUCAUCCCCGGCCUCAAACUCCGCGCAUCGGAAGAGGCCGAACUCCUCGGAAUGGACGACGACCAACUCGGCGAGUUCGCAUAUGACUACGUCGAGGUUCGCCGCGACUACCUUGCAUGGACGCCCGCGAAGGCGGAGCAGGAGGGUGAGGGCCACAGCAUUCCCAACGGCGAGCGCUAUGGCAUCCAGGAGCACAGCGAAAUGCUCGAGGGCAAGGACCCGGUCGGCAGUGAGGGAAGCAGCAACGGGCACGAGCACACUGGUAUCGGAGGUGAUCGCCAUGGCGUUGCGUACGAGGAGAUGGAGAAGAGCAGGAGAGAAGCGCAAGCUGGUGGUCAUUGAUCAUAGAGCGAUGUUUUGCGACUUGAAAUUUCUUGGACACCUUUACACGUGUGGCGUUUUCCACUAUUUUGUUUCAUAUGCUUGUGAUACCAGACGGAGCAGGAAGUGCUCGUUCGACGAUGGAGAUUUGUAGAGUUGAGAGAGACGACGUGGCUGGCGUGAUUACCACGGUCGUGUGAAGAUAGAUCAGAUCUGCAGAGAUAUAUACCAACGACAUUCACCAUCACC